UCGUAAUUGGUUGUGUAUCAAAUUGUUCUUCAAAUUAUAGAAUUGAAUUUUAGGUUUUUAGUUUUUGAUCAUGUUACUGUAAAAUUUGAGAUUAAUUCACUUAAAAGAAGGAUUUGGGCAAGAAUUGAAAUCAAAAAGAUUACUUUUCAUUGCAUUAUAGCCUGUAAGUUAGAAAGAAUCGAAACCCACUAUAUAACUGAAUUGGAAUCUAUUUGAAUUUGAUUUUGCAUUUUGAUUCACACUGAACGCCAUUUCAGAAGUUGAACCGAUUAUUCGUCGAUAAAAUUAGUUUAGUUUGAAUUAUUACACGGGUUCUAAUAUUUUUACUAUUGAAUGUCAAAUUAAUUGGUUUUUUUUUAAGGUAGACGCUCGAAAGUCAAAAUUAUUUGAACCUAAGGUUUAUCAAAUGGUGACGAUUGGUAGCUAUUCUAAUCUUCACUAGGUUGUAGUAUUUGUGAAGGUCACUUUCUGCAAUUUAGAUUAUAAUGUAUUUUCUUAGAUUUGGUCAAUUGUUGAUGUGAUAGCUUCUGCUGCUAACUAACUACUCUUUUUUUGGUUAUGUGCAUUGCUCCUUCCGGGGGUUAAUAAAUGGACAUUGAUUUUUCUCUACAGUGCUUGCUGGGCUUGCUUUUAUGUUUUCGUCUAGCAUUCUACUACAGAUAAUGGCUUGUGUAAUUUACAGCAAUUGGUGGCCAAUGCUAUCAGCUCUCAUGUAUGUGGUGGUACCUAUGCCUUGUUUAUUCUUUGGAGGUGGGUCAACUCAGUUUUUGAUCAGCCGGGAUGGUGGGGGUUGGAUAGAUGCUGCUAAAUUCCUUACAGGGGCAUCAGCUGUUGGGAGCUUAGCCAUUCCAAUUAUCCUCAGGCAUGCUCAUAUGAUUGAAACCGGGGCUAUGUUGAUCGAGUUCACAUCAUUCUUCAUUUUUGUCUGCACCGUCUUGUGCUUUCAUCGUGCAAGCCUCGAGGAUGAUUGGUAAUUAAUACAAACUCUAACAUUAGGCUUUCGUUUGUUUAGCGGAUAUUUGUGAUCAAUUAGCGAUAUGCAUAUAUUGUGGGAAGAAAAAAACAGGAGUUCCUACUUUGUAAAUUACUGGUGUACAUCUUUAAAGGAAGCACCACUAUGGUGGUGACUUAAUAUUGCUGGUCUUCUUUUGGAAAUAGCUUCUAAAGCUCUUCCUUUUUGUACUUUUGUUCUUCUUGUGAAUAUGAGCAACAAUUAUACUUGUAACUUACCAGUUAUUUGAGCAGUCAAGCCUAUUUGCCAUGACUUACUAUUAA